AUGACACAUAGCAGCAUCAACAUCAACAUCAGCAUCAACAUCAACAUCAGCAUCAACAUCAACAUCAGCAUCAACAUCAACAUCAGCAUCAACAUCAACAUCAGCAUCAGCAUUAGCACGGCGAGCCUCCCCGCCCUGAAGUCUCCCCGUCCUGAAUAUUGCCAAGACCGGUUUUUGAAAUCCGACAUCGCCUAUUCCGACCAGCUACGACAACAUGCUGCCGGCCAGCGUCCCCAGUGA